AUGUAUUCAGUACCAGAAGAGAGCAAAAAGGUUUUCCAACAAGGGAUCUUGGAAAAUCCCACAAUCAUUCCCAAUCUGCCAAAGGACUUUCAAGAUCAUGCCAAGAAGAUCAAAUUCGAAGGAGAGGAUGCUCCAACUAUACCAAUCAAUUGGCGAUUCGCUGAGAGUAUAUCUUCAAUCAAAGCUUUGGAAGCGACGGUACUUUUAUCGCUGUUGAAAAAGAAAUAUGAUGUGGAGCCGAAAGAAGUUAUCAUCAACACCGAUCAUGCACAACUUUUUAUCAUGUCUACUCUAUUGUGGGAAAUUAACCACGAAGGAACCAAGGUGACACUAUUCAAUGCCUCUGAUCCAAAUUCUGAGAAUGGAAAACUUCUUGCAAAAUGGUUCCCUUCAACCGAUAUUCACAGAUUACAAGGAACACAUCAUCGUGCCUCUUGUACAAACAUUUACAAGACAAAAGAUGCAAAGUACUUCCAUAUACAUGGAAGCAUGAAUCCAGAUCCUAGCUUGGAUAGUAUUGGACUACCCCAUGAAAUGGACCAGCCAAGCGUCGAAGCGUCUUGGAAUCCAUUCAUAGAGAAGAUAGGACAAAUAGAAUCGGAUGAUAUGCAAAGAAUAGCAUCAGAUGAGUACAAACAAGCAGGAACAAUUUGUUGGACAAAGGAAGAAUAUAAAAAUAGCGAGCAUGGCAAAGCUAAUGCUAACGCUGGAUUGUUUGAAAUCAGACAUCAUCCAAAUACGACCCAAGUUGCAGGUUGGUGGCCCGAAACAGAGCAAACAAGCCCAAAGCGACCUUUGGCUGGCUUGAAAAUCGUUGACAUCACCCGAGUCAUCGCAGCUCCAGCAAUCGCAAGGGGCUUAGCAGAAUUGGGUGCAAGUGUCAUGAGGAUCACUCCUCCGCAUCUCCAGGACUACUCUCAACUGCACUGUGAUCUGAAUUGGGGAAAAUGGAACACCCAUCUGGACUUCAGAAACAAGGGUGAUCUUGAGAAAGCCAAAGAAUUGAUCCGAGACGCAGAUGUUGUUGUUACUGGUUACAGACCGGGAGUCCUUGAUAAAUAUGGGCUCGGGAAUGAUGGCAUUCGCGAGCUAGUCAAAGGCAGAAGUCGAGGUAUUAUUAUCGCAAGAGAAAACUGUUACGGAUGGCAUGGUCCUUGGUCUUAUCGAAGUGGAUGGCAACAAAUUAGCGACGCAAACUGUGGUGUCUCUAUGGAAUUUGGUCGAGCCAUGGGUAACGAUGAGCCUGUUACACCUAUCUUACCAAACUCGGAUUACUGCGCUGGAGUUUCAGGUAUUGUUGGAAUUCUUCAAGCACUGAUACAGCGCUCAGAAACUGGCGGCUCCUACGAAAUGGAUGUGGCUCUAAACUACUAUUCUCAAUGGCUUGUCAACUCAUGUGGCAUGUAUCCACAAGAAGUCUGGGAAGAUCUAUGGUCAAGGAAUUGCAAACCUGUCUUUCGACACUAUCACAAUAUGAACUAUACAAUGCCCAGGCUAUUUCAGACGCUGAUAAAGUCAGGCACUGGCAAAACCAUUUUACGCGAUGAAUUCUUCGAAGAUAGAGAAACUAAAGCUGUCGGGGUAAAUAUCAAAACUGUAAAACCUAUUUUAAGGUUCCCAAACAAAGAAGUGGAAUUGAGGUAUAAUGUUGGUACCAGAACAAACGGUGUUGAUGCUGCGCAUUGGCCGGCCGAUCUGAUGACAGAAAUAGUAGUCACCGGUUCUGUUCAUAUCGAUCCCUUCUACACCCUCCCUUUAGGAAAAACUUUAAACCCCUCGGUCCCAGAAACCCUCCUAAAAGUCCAAGAAAGUGUCGAUCCUACCUUAUACUCUCUUCCGUCUCCCGUCUUUAUCUCGCGUAUCAUUUACCAGUCCCUCGACCAUACCGGAGACCCCGUUCCUGCCUCCGCCUCCCAAAUUGUCGCCCGGGCCCAUGGUACCUCCGGUAUAUUCUCUGAACGCGCUCCUUCUCAACUCCGAAAUUUACACCAGCACAUCCUCGCGCCCUAUGCUCCAAUUCUAUCCGGCUAUGCUGUGGUUGCCACUGAUUAUGCCGGCCUAGGUGUCUCCAAUUGCACUCAGCCACAGAACCAAUCGAUUAUUCACCACUAUCUCACCAAUCCUGCUGCUGCGAACGAUGUAAUAUAUUCGAUUAGCACGGCUCAUUCCACAUUUCCAUCCCUAGGAUCAGAGUCUGUAUCAAUUGGUCAUUUCCAAGGUGUAGAUGCAGUUUGGAUCAUUGCACAACAUAAUGCCAAGGAAAACAUCGAAGGGUACCUUGGAGGUGUUGCAAUCAGUCCUACAACAGAUAUUAGAAGUGAUUUUUAUCCUAUUGAAAAUGUCGUCUGGGCGGGAAUGAUGCUAGGGCUCGCUGCACUGAACACUCAUAGAGAAGUUGAGGGAGGUGGCACAGUAUAUGGGUGGAGAGACAAUGAAUGGGUUAUCAAAUAUAAUGAUUUGAUAAUGAAUGGAGCCAAGGAAAUUAGCGGACCGCUGUUGGUUAUCCAUGGGGAGAAGGACCCGCUCAUCGAUUCUACUCUUAUGGAUUAUCCUGAUUCUGAGUUGGAAUUCAUGAGACUACCUACUACGCACGACUCGGCUAUCACAGGAAGUCAGUGGAUAUGGAUGGAUUGGAUUAGAGAGAGAUUCGAGGGCAAAGUCAUAGAGAUGUGUGGCGAGAUGCACUCAGGAAAGGGGAAACUGAAUCGGGACAGAAGUAUUGUUUUGGAGAAACCGGAGGGGAACUGUGAGUUCGAGACUAACUGGUUCAUGGCACGCGCAACUGAGUCUUAUCAUAAAUUUUGA